GAACAUUCUACCAUCAUGAGUAGCCGGCUUACUUUGGACUUCAUGGAGGGGGCUUUAUUCGGAGUUUUUGAGGAGGGCCCUGUGCAGAAUAAGAGCAAGAGUACACCCUCCCGGACUUCUCUCUCUACAAGCAGCGAGACGUUAAUCUCUUCCAACUGGAGCAGCUUCACUCUGUUUUCAUCCCGAGAGGAGGCCAAAAGGAGCCGACCCCAGGUUGCCAUGACCUCUGCCAUCACCAGCUGUGAGCCUUCGCAAGCCUUGCAGAGAGAAGAUGAUGUGCUCAACGGUCACACUGAGGGCCCAAACAGGAAGAAGGGGGGGCAGUCCAGGAGCCCCAGCAGCAACAACCUGGUCUAUAGCAUCUUGGAGGUCCCACCAUGGUAUCUCUGCAUCCUCAUGGGAAUCCAGCACUUCCUCACGGCCCUGGGGGGGCUCGUGUCAGUGCCACUCAUCCUGGCCAAGGACCUGUGUCUGCAGCAUGACCCCCUGACUCAGAGCUACCUCAUCAGCACAAUUUUCUUCGUCUCUGGCUUCUGCACUCUCCUGCAAGUGUUUUUUGGAGUCAGGCUGCCCAUUCUCCAGGGAGGGACAUUUGCUUUUGUGGCACCCUCUCUGGCCAUGCUCUCCCUCCCCACUUGGAAGUGCCCACCGUGGACACUCAAUGCCAGCCUGGUGAACACCAGCUCUCCUGAAUUCACUGAAGAAUGGCAGAAGAGAAUCCGAGAGUUGCAGGGCGCUAUCAUGGUCGCUUCCUGCGUCCAGAUGCUGGUGGGAUUCUCAGGCCUCAUUGGGUUUCUCAUGCGCUUCAUUGGCCCCUUGACCAUUGCUCCGACCAUCUCCCUGGUGGCCUUGCCUCUCUUUGAUUCUGCGGGCAACAAUGCUGGGAUCCACUGGGGCAUUGCCGCCAUGACCAUCUUCCUCAUCGUGCUGUUUUCUCAGUACCUGAAAAAUGUCGCUGUGCCCAUGCCCAUUUACAGAGGACAGAAGAAGUGCCGCGUGUCUAAGUUCUACCUGUUUCAGGUCUUCCCGGUGCUGCUGGCGCUCUGCAUCUCGUGGCUUCUCUGCUUCGUGCUCACAGUCACCAAUACCCUCCCCACGGCCCCCACGGCCUACGGGCACCUGGCCCGCACCGACACCAAAGGCGAUGUCCUGAGCCGGGCUCCUUGGUUUCGCUUCCCUUACCCAGGACAGUGGGGCCUCCCCACCAUCAGCCUGGCUGGGGUCUUCGGGAUCAUUGCCGGGGUUAUCUCCUCCAUGGUGGAGUCGGUAGGCGAUUACUACGCCUGCGCGCGGCUGGUGGGGGCGCCACCCCCUCCGAGGCACGCGAUCAACCGAGGCAUCGGCAUAGAGGGUCUUGGCUGUCUGCUGGCAGGGGCCUGGGGGACCGGGAACGGGACCACGUCCUACAGCGAGAAUGUCGGGGCGCUGGGUAUCACCAGGGUGGGGAGCCGGAUGGUGAUGGUCGCUGCCGGCUGCGUGCUUCUCCUGAUGGGCGUAUUUGGGAAGAUCGGGGCUGCCUUUGCCACCAUUCCAACCCCGGUGAUCGGAGGCAUGUUCCUGGUGAUGUUUGGUGUCAUCACUGCCGUGGGGAUUUCCAAUCUGCAGUACGUGGACAUGAACUCAUCCAGGAACCUCUUUAUCUUUGGCUUCUCCAUCUACUGUGGUCUCGCCAUUCCCAACUGGGUGAACCAGAACUCUGAGAAGCUCCAGACAGGGAUUCUCCAGCUGGACCAGGUCAUCCAGGUCCUGCUGACCACGGGCAUGUUUGUCGGUGGAUUCCUGGGCUUUCUCCUGGACAACACCAUCCCCGGAAGCCUGGAGGAGAGAGGCCUCCUGGUGUGGAAUCAAAUCCAGGAGGAGUCUGAGGAGACUGCGAGGGCCUUGGAGGUGUACUGCCUCCCCUGUGGGAUUGGCUCCACGUCCUGCACGUCCUCCUGCGCCCAGCGUCUCCCCUUCUGGCCCACGGGGGAAGCUGGGAAAGCCAUGACACGGGCGCAGGUACCUGUGCCUAUAGGUUAGAAGACCACAGCUUUCCAAAGCAACAAAGGAAUUUGCGUCCCAAUCAAGCUCUCUUUGCGAAAAGCCCCUGUGCUACGGAUUUAGUCAAGCUGCUUGUUUGGGAGUCUCCCCAGAUCCUAUUUUGUGUCUUCUCGCUUCAUGGAGUCAGCUGUCCCCUCCUCCCCUCUUCCCACCUCCACCCCCAGAAGCACCGUGAAAAGCCACUUCUCCCCUGUCCAGCUCAGGGCACGGCCCGUUUCCACAUUGGCCCAGCCUCUCGGGGUGGGGUGGGGGGGCCGGAGCCCCUGCCCACCUCUCAGACCAGACAACCGCAGCAACCUGCCCGUGGCUCCCCUCACCCUGGGAAGAUGGUGCAGUGUGAACAGCCUCGAGCUCAUGACCCGCUGCGUCUCAGCCCUGGGCCAGGAUGGAAGCAUUUUCUACGUAGAAGAAGCCUCAGCUCAGUGGCACGAUCCUAGGACCAGCCCGCUUCGAACCACAGACAAAAGUGGAUCUCUAAGAACUUCUGCGGAAUUUUGCACCCCUCUGUGGGGCUGCAGGGGAGCGGCCCCUAAGCAUCCGCGCAGGGGUCCACACACACACUCACACUCUUUCAUACCCCUUUCCUCACCUAGAGCUAGAAGUACUUGGAGCCUCACUUUUGUCCAGGAAACUUGCCACAUCGAAGGCAUCUUCAAAGAGUAUCUGAAGGAAGGCACAGAACGUGAUGUGUCAGCACUAGUUUGGCACCUGCUCUGGGCUGCUGGCGGACACGAAUAGAAAGGCUCUCUCUUUAACCCUCACUCCCCAAAGGAUGGGUAUGUGAAAGCCGGGGCCCAAACACAGGAUCUCUGCUUGGUGACCUUCCCAGGCCGUGCACAGUAAGCGCUUGCCCGCCCAGAACAAAGUGCCAACCCCAGAGGUGGCCACAAGGGAUGGGGGAGCACCAGGGACUGCGGUCUCCUCUUUCCAAAGAAGGUGGGAGCCCAGGCAUGAGACGCAGCAGCCAGAGUCAGGCUUCAGUUUGCCCUGGGAGAGGGCUCAUCUACACCUCCCGAGAUGCAGAGGCCACACGAGCCCAGGAUCCCCAAGCUGGCAGUCAUCUAUCAGCCAGGACAGCCGGAGAGAGGUUGGGGGCGCUGGGGUGAGGCUGCAGGAGGGCCAGCUCCCAGUCCUGCCACUCACUAAGCCGUGUGACUUCAGACAAGUGACCUCAUUUCUCGAAUCUUCCUCUUAUGUAAAGGGAAUCACGAUAGCGCCUACCCAC